UUGAACUUUUCCUUCUUCAACAAAAACUUGCUAUCUCUCUCACCAAAUCAAGCAAUGUCCACGACACACCUGAACCGUUCGAUCUUGAUCUCUCUCCUCCUCCUCCUCCUCCUUCUCACAACUUCCAUCACUUAUCCAACCGCAGAAGUAAACCGGACGAUGACAUCAAGAAACUUCCGUUACCGAACUCACCGAUUCAUCCCGAGGGUUCACCUCCCGUAUUACGUGACUCCUUGUGACUCCUUCUCUCGUCCUUACGCGCGUUCUAUGUGCCUUGAGCUUCAAAGGAUCCACCGUAGCAGCUGGAAGCAGCCACUUGUUUCCCCUCCUCCGCCGGAGAUCGAUCCAAGGUACGGCGUCGAUAAAAGACUCGUUCCCUCCGGUCCAAAUCCUCUUCACAACUAAAGCUCUUGCCCCAAUUCGUAUACAUAUACAUAUAGACAGAGUCACAGAGACCUUUGCUAGUUAGAUAUUUUAUAGUUGACACAUUUCUUGGGGUUUCUUGGAGUUCUUUUUUCGAGAGAUCUGUGUUAUUCAUAUAUAGAGUUCUUUUGCCCGAAGACGAAAGUUCAUCAUUUCUUUGUGGAUCUUUCUUGAAUCUUGAUUCUACUCUUUUGAUCUUGUAAUUAGAGUCCUACGUUACUUGGGCAGAUAUUAUUGAUAUUUUAUUUUCCACGCUUGUUUUGUAGACUUGUAGAGUGUGUAAACAAUCACGAAAAUGAAAAUAGUGUAUUUUUGC